AUGACCUCGCCGUCAACAGUUGUCAAGGUCGCCGCAGUGCAGUCGGCUCCUGUCGCAUUUGAUCUGGAUGCGACCCUCGAUAAGCUAGAUCGCUUGACCGCCGAAGCUGCUGGGAAGGGUGCACAGCUUGUCGUCUUUCCAGAAGCUUUUGUCUGUGCCUAUCCAAAGCUCUAUGACUUCGGCGCUGUUGUCGGCAAUCGUACACCUGAAGGCCGAAAAUGGUUCCGCAAAUAUAUCGAUUCCAGUGUCACCAUCCCGUCGCCCGCGUUUGAUAGGCUGUGUGCCGCUGCCGCUACCAACAAGGUCUUUCUCCAGGUGGGGAUCAUUGAGCGGGACGGUGGCACGAUCUAUUGUUGCGCUGUCCUGAUUAGUCCCUCGGGUGAAUUGGUGUACAAGCAUCGCAAGCUCAUGCCCACGGGUAGCGAGCGUCUCGUAUGGGGCUUUGGGGAUGGUAGUGGAUUACACGUUGCCCAGACGGAGCUCGGGAAGAUUGGGAGCGUGAUUUGCUGGGAGAACUUCAUGCCGUCAAUGAGAAUGGCCAUGUACCAGAGAAAUAUCGAGAUUUAUCUCGCACCGACUGCGGACGGAAGAGAGACCUGGCCUCCCUUGAUCCAGACCAUCGCUCAAGAAGGUCGUUGUUUUACUAUCUCCGUCAACCAGUUCUCGACUCGCAAAGACUACCCUGAAGAUUAUCCACCGUUUGCUGGCAAAGACGACAUCAGUCCAGACUACGUCGUUUCCGCCGGAGGCUCAUGCAUUGUCAGUCCCCUCGGGCAGUUCGUGGCGGGACCGUGCUGGAACAAAGAGGAGACGCUAUAUGCAGACUUGGAGAUGGACCAGAUUAGUGAGGGAAAGAUGGACUUCGAUGUCGUCGGGCAUUACUCUCGACCUGACAUUUUCCAGUUGAAGGUGGAUACGAGCGAAAGGUCCGCGGUGUCUUCGGUGAUAAAGACUCUCGAUAGAUUGUGA